UAUUUAUUAUUUAAAUAAAGAUUAUAGUCGUGAGCGUGAUGGUGGUGUAUUAAGAUUAUUUCCACAAAUGAAUGAUGGAAUUGUUGCCGAUAUUGAACCUAGAUUUAAUCGUGUUAUAUUUUUUUGGUCUGAUCGUCGUAAUCCACAUGAAGUAAUGCCAUCAACACGUAUGCGUUUUGCCAUUACUGUUUGGUAUUUUGAUGCUAAUGAACGUGAACGUGCCAUACAAAAAUAUCGAGAAAAUAGCAUGCAAUGUCCAAACGAUAAAGAUUUGGUUCCGUUUUAAUGAAAACGAAUUUUUCGCCACCAACAAAAUUGCCAUUUUUAACAGAAAACUCAUAAAUUUUAUUUUGUAAAUAUUAAAUAUAAUUUAAAUA